AUGGAUCCCCGCGCAGCUCGCGAGCUGCUGGAGUACCUGCACACAUGCUACCCGAUCUUCCUGCUGUUCCUUUUGGCGGUGGCCUUUGUGCUCAACACCAUGGUCACAGCCAGAAGGGCCAGCAACAAUGACUGCCCUCGCAUGGGCCCGGGGGGACGACCGCUUCCGAAGCGCGGCCGCAGCGAGGCCACCACUCGGAAGCCCAAGGAGUUCUCUCCCACCGUCAAGCGCUUUUUCAACUGGUUUUCGGUGGCCGUGCUCAUGACCUUCCUGACUGAUGCAACGAUCUACAUCCUCCAUGUGGUGAUGGCCCGGUCGGAGCAUUGGUGGCGAGGACAGUCUACAGUGAUCUACAUUGUCGGCUCCUUUUUCUUCUAUGCUGUCUUACUGAUGACCCUGCUCGAUACCACCCCAUCCCCGACAGCCGCUCAAUUCGUUUGUUGGAUUGCCGCCAUUCCCAUCGAGCUCGUUAUUCUUAGUACCUCUCUCUCGCUCUACACCUCCCCUCACCAUGAGCCGGUCGUCGGAGAUCCCGAAGGUGGCAAGCUCCGCCGAACCAUCACGCCCUGGGAAUUCAUAGAGGUGGCCUCGAACAGCUUCCGCGUCCUGCUUCUGCUGGCUCUGGUGGUCCUGUACGCCAGCAAGUCGAUCACCUGGAAGAGCCAUGUGAAGAAGGCUGAGCACCGCGCCAACGGCGGUAUCAACGAGGCCACUGGUCUGCUGGAUGCGGCAGCUGCAGAGAACGGAAAUGGAAACCCCAAUGGCCAUACCUAUGGCUCCACCCACGGUGCUUCGCACGCCGAAGCUGCUAAGCCUCAAGAAGAUCCGUGGGUUCGUCCGACGACCAUGCCUGCCACAAGCUGGUGGGAGUAUCUCAGCGGCUACUCGCUCUUUUUCCCAUACCUGUGGCCAUCCAAAUCCCGCCGCCUGCAAAUCAUCGUGGUGCUGUGCUUCAUUCUGCUCGUUCUCCAACGAGUUGUGAACGUGCUGGUACCCAGCAAGGUGGGAGAUAUCAUCACUAUUUUGGCCAACGAGGAAGGAAAGGCCUUCCGUGUCCCGUGGUUGGAAAUCCUCAUGUAUGUAGUCCUCCGGUGGCUCCAGGGUGGCCAGGGCCUACUGAGCUCCAUGCGCUCUAGCCUGUGGAUUCCUGUCAGCCAAUAUUCUUACAUGGAGCUUUCCACCGCUGCCUUUGAGCACGUGCACGGACUCAGCUUGGAUUUCCAUCUCGGGAAGAAGACAGGUGAAGUGCUGUCUGCAUUGAGCAAGGGUAGCUCUAUCAAUACGUUCCUGGAACAGGUCACCUUCCAGGUCGUACCUAUGCUGAUCGAUUUGGUUAUCGCGUUCGGAUAUUUCCUGGUUGCCUUCGAUGCGUACUACGCCCUUGUUGUGGGCAUUUCGACCUUUGGAUAUCUCUAUGUGACUAUUCGUAUGGCCCAAUGGCGAGCGGAGAUCAGAAGACAGAUGGUCAAUGCCUCGCGACAGGAAGAUGCCGUCAAGAAUGACUCGAUGGUCUCGUACGAGACCGUGAAGUAUUUCAACGCGGAACAAUACGAGUUCCAACGCUACCGUGACGCCGUGGGCGAGUACCAAAAGGCUGAAUAUCACGUUCUCUUUUCCCUGACGCUUCUCAACACCUGUCAGAAUACCGUGUUUAUGAUCGGCCUGUUACUCACGUGUUUCAUCGCCGCAUACCAAGUCUCCACUGGCCAGCGCCCCGUCGGUCAGUUUGUUACUUUGUUGACUUACAUGGCCCAACUCCAGGGCCCGUUGAACUUCUUCGGUACCUUUUACCGGUCUAUUCAGUCAGCAUUGAUCAACGCCGAGCGCAUGCUAGAACUGUUCCGAGAGCAGCCUACGGUGGUCGAUAGCCCCUAUGCUACUCCCCUGGCUAUGUGCAAGGGCGAUAUCAGAUUCCAGGAUGUUGAGUUCUCAUACGAUUCACGGAAGCCAGCAUUGAACGGGCUCACGUUCCGCUGCGAGCCGGGCACUACCACUGCUUUGGUUGGCGAGUCUGGUGGCGGCAAAUCAACCGUCUUUCGUCUGCUAUUCAGAUUUUACAAUUCUGAGAAGGGCUGCCUCUCUGUUGAUGGCCAUGAUGUCCAAGAUAUCACAAUUGAUUCUCUUCGAAGGCACAUCGGUGUGGUGCCUCAGGAUACGGUGCUCUUCAAUGAGACCUUGAUGUACAACCUGAAGUAUGCCAAUCAGGACGCCACCGAUGAAGACGUCUUCGAGGCCUGCCGCGCGGCCAGUAUCCAUGACAAGAUCAUGAACUUCCCUGACGGUUACAACACAAAGGUUGGCGAGCGCGGCCUACGACUGAGCGGUGGCGAGAAGCAACGAGUCGCAAUCGCCCGCACUAUCCUGAAAAAUCCUCGGGUUAUCCUUCUGGACGAAGCUACCGCCGCUCUGGACACUGACACCGAAGAACACAUUCAGCGCGCCCUUUCGACCCUCUCUCACGGCCGUACUAUGCUCGUGAUCGCACAUCGUCUCAGCACCAUCACCACUGCCGAUCGUAUCCUGGUCCUGGCUGAUGGUCAGGUGGCUGAGAGCGGUACUCACGAGGAAUUGCUAGCUGCGAAGGGCCGCUACGCCAGCAUGUGGCGCAAGCAGAUCCGAGCCCAGAAGGCCGCAGCUGAAGCUCAAGUUCUUCAAGAUCGUGCCGAGCGCAUCCGCAAUGCCACCAACAGCGAUGACAGCUCCAGUCAAUCCGACGAGGAUCGCAAUGGCACCCGUCGCCCAGCCCACUAA